GCCAUGUUGGAGCCACAGUGGACUCGGGCUGGGGUUUUCUGACACCGUAUUGUUGUUGUUGUUUUUAAUUCUCUAUAACGAUAAUAUCCGUCCCUUGUACGUCGCCCGGUGGUUCGUCAACAAGAAGCCCAGCUCCGUGACACACCGGCCGCGGGCACGAUGACCUCCAGCGGGGACCUGUCCCGGAGGAACCCGCAGGAGGACUUCGAGCUGAUCCAGCGGAUCGGAAGCGGCACAUACGGAGAUGUGUACAAGGCUCGUAAUGUAAACACAGGAGAGCUGGCUGCUAUCAAAGUCAUCAAACUGGAACCGGGUGAGGACUUUGCUGUCGUCCAGCAGGAGAUCAUAAUGAUGAAGGACUGUAAACACUCAAACAUCGUAGCCUAUUUUGGCAGUUAUCUCCGGAGAGAUAAGUUAUGGAUCAGUAUGGAGUACUGUGGAGGAGGCUCUCUGCAGGACAUCUAUCACGUAACUGGGCCGCUGUCAGAGUCACAGAUCGCCUACAUGUCACGGGAGACGCUGCAGGGUCUGUACUACCUGCACAACAAAGGCAAGAUGCACAGAGACAUCAAGGGAGCUAACAUCCUCCUGACAGACAACGGCUACGUUAAACUAGCUGACUUCGGCGUGUCGGCUCAGAUCACAGCGACGCUCGCCAAGAGGAAGUCGUUCAUUGGAACUCCGUACUGGAUGGCUCCAGAGGUGGCAGCAGUAGAGAGGAAAGGAGGUUACAACCAGUUGUGUGACAUCUGGGCUGUUGGCAUCACUGCAAUAGAGCUGGCUGAACUACAGCCGCCCAUGUUCGACCUGCACCCCAUGAGGGCUCUCUUCCUCAUGACCAAGAGUAAUUUCCAGCCUCCGAAGUUGAAAGAUAAAGUCAAGUGGACGAAUAACUUCCACCAUUUUGUCAAACUGUCGCUCACCAAGAACCCAAAGAAGAGGCCCACGGCGGAGAAACUGCUGCAGCACCCGUUCGUGUCUCAGCCCCUCAGCCGGACUCUGGCUAUCGAGCUACUGGACAAGUCCAACAACCCGGACCACAGCACCUACAACGACUUUGACGACGACGACCCUGAGCCGGAGUCUCCCGUCUCGGUUCCUCAUCGGAUCCGGUCCACCAGCAGGAGCGCCAGAGAGGGGAAGACGCUGUCGGAGAUUAACUUUGGUCAGGUGAAGUUUGAUCCCCCGCUGAGGAAGGAGACGGAGCCUCACCAUGAACCGUGUGAAUCUGAGCCCUAUCUGGACUGUGUUGAGGAGCUCUACCAUACCGCGAGAUCUAAUCUGGACUUGCACUUGGAGUACGGACACGAUUCUCCAAGUCUACUUGGAGGAAGCAAGAGUCUUCUCAAAUCGGUGGAGGAGGAGCUUAAGCAGAGGGGCCAUGUGGCACACUUAGGGGAUGAUGAGGAUGAUGAUGGUGCAGAUGAUGAUGAUGAAACUCACACUCACAAAUCGAGCACCAUCAUGAGGCCGAAGGUCCCGCCUCCUCUUCCUCCCAAGCCCCGGGCGAUCAGCUCGUCCCAGCAGAAACACGACGACAGCCAAUCGCACAGCGAGGACGACGGCGGCGGGGGCGGGACCAUCAAGCGCUGCCCGGCCCCGGAGACGGCGAGCCCCGCCAGGGCCGCCUCCAACGUGCCGCCGCGGCCGCCGCCCCCCAAGCUGCCGCCCCACCGCCGCAGCAGCCUAGGUAACGAGAGCCCGAAGCGCACAGAGGCGGCGGCGGCCGUGGAGAGCGCGGCAGCCCCGGAGGAUGAUGGGAGCUUUAGGCAUUUCUGGGAGUGGCUCCACACGCCUCACACUGAGGAGGAGCUGGAGGAGGCGUGGGAGGUGCUGAAGGAGGGGAAAGAGGAGCAGGAUAAAGAGGAGGAGGAGAAGGAAGAGAGCAACGGGCUGAACCCGGGUGUGGAGGGUCCAGCAGAGAAGCAGUCCACGCUGCCCCCUAGUGUCCCCACGAGGAAGGACAAGAAGGACGUGCCGAAGCCCAUCAGUAAUGGCCUUCCUCCGACACCCAAAGUCCACAUGGGGGCGUGCUUCUCCAAGGUGUUCAACGGCUGCCCUCUGAAGAUCCACUGCGCCACUUCCUGGAUCAACCCCGACACCAGAGACCAGUAUUUGAUAUUCGGAGCCGAGGAGGGGAUCUACACCUUGAACCUGAACGAGCUGCACGAGACCUCCAUGGAGCAGCUCUUUCCUCGUCGGUGCACGUGGCUCUAUGUCAUGAACAGUUCUCUUCUCUCCAUAUCCGGAAAAGCCUCCCAGCUGUACUCCCACAGUCUGGGCGGUCUGUUCGAGCAGGCCAGGCAGCUCCAGAAGUUACCGGUGGCCAUUCCCACCCACAAGCUGCCCGACAAGAUGAUCCCCAGGAAGUUUGCCGUGUCCAAUAAGAUCCCGGACACUAAAGGGUGCCAAAAGUGCUGCGUCGUUCGUAACCCGUACACCGGCCACAAGUACCUGUGUGGAGCCUUUCAGUCCAGUGUCAUGCUGUUGGAGUGGGUGGAGUCCAUGCAGAGGUUCAUGCUCAUCAAGAACAUCGACUUCCCGUUGCCGUGUCCGUUGGAGGUCUUUGAGAUGCUGGUGGUCCCGGAGCAGACCUACCCUCUGAUCUGCGUGGCGGUCAGCAAAGGCACCGAACUCAACCAGGUGGUCCGGUUCGGCACCGUCAACCCCAACUCUACCUCCUCCUGGUUCACGGAAGCAAACACGCCUCAGACCUGUGUGAUCCACGUCACUCAGCUGGAGAGAGACACCAUCUUGGUCUGCCUGGACCGGAGUAUAAAGAUCGUGAACCUCCUCGGCAGGUUGAAAUCCAGCAGGAAGUUGUCAGCCGAGCUCACCUUCAACUUCCAGAUCGAAGCCACGGUUUGCCUGCAGGACAGCGUUCUGGCCUUCUGGAGGCACGGCAUGCAGGGACGCAGCUUCAAGACCAACGAGAUCACACAGGAGAUCUCUGACAGCACACGCAUCUUCAGACUACUGGGCUCAGACAGACGUGCCGACUGUAGAGAUCCAGACACCGACAGAGGCCUCGCUCUGCCCAGGGUGGUGGUGCUGGAGAGCAGGCCGACAGACAACCCUACAGCCCACAGCAACCUCUACAUCCUGGCAGGCCAUGAAAACAGCUACUGAGACACUCACACACACACACACACACACACACACGUAAACACACACUCUACCCACCACUAAUGCAACACAAGGGAGUGAGCAAACCGGGGGGUGGGGGGGACACACACUCAUCCAUCCCAACCCUUCACGUGGGAGAUGAGUCGUUCACGGGUGCAGAUGUGGGCUGCACCGCCGUGUCACACGUGUAUUAGUUUAGUGCGUCGUAGUUGGAGGCGGGGCUUAGCAACCGCUGGUCUGAGGCCAGCUCGGGAGUCCUUCCUGAGUCCAUCCCACGUUUCCCUGCGUCCUGCACAGAGGUUCUGACACUACUUCUACUACUAGUCCUCCACGUACUACUACUGCUACAUGCUACGUGCUACUGCUACAUGCUACAUGCGCUAAAGCUUCACUGAGAGCCAUCCUGCACAGAAGUCCUUCAGCGUCUCCCUCCUCCCUUUUUAUUUUAUUUUUAAACUUUAUUUAUUGUGGCAUGAUGUAACUUUAACAACCAGGAUGGCUUUCCUAUUUUUAUUGUUGAUUUUAUUUUAUUUUUUUAGGGAUACAAAUAAAAAGUAAGAAGCUUUUCGCCAACUCUGCUAGCGUCGACACCCGUCACCACACAAGUGCUCUAUUUAAUUGUUGUAAAUAUAAAUGUAGUCUUUUUUUUGACAAAUGAACACUAAAAAGACAUGUGGGGUCACGUAGGUCGGCGUGUGUCAACCGGACUGACGGGAGGGGGGGGAUUCACUUCCUGGUUCCCCCAAUCAUGUGACGAGGGUCAGGAAGCAAAGACCGGUUAUUGUGUUAUCGGUUUUAAUGUUCGUUUGCACCACAGCAACAGUUACACAGUUGAGUUUGUUUGUUUGUUUGUUUGUUUUGGAUCCCUCACUUUCUUCUUUUUAUUUUUUAUUUUUUUUGAUAUUUUCAUUUUUUUUUUUUAACCACUGGUGUUAAAAUUUUGCACAGAGAAAAAGGUAUUUGACAAAUGUGAUGUCAUUAUAAUAUAUGACCGUGUGUGUGUGUGUGUGUGUGUGUGUGUGUGUGUGGAGACGUAGAACGCGCACAUACAAGUGCGUCAUACACAGAUCUGGUCUUUAAGGAGUGAAUAUUAAUACACAAUUUAAAAACAUGGAUUUACACAGAAGGAGAAACAAUAAUUUAUAUUUAUUCAGCCGAUCUGUUUAAUAAAUGCGUUCGGAAGCCGAGUCGAUAAACUAAUCUGGUGAUUAAUUUCUAAAAUGUAAAACCGGGGAAAAAUAAACUUUUACCGGGUGAGAAUCUUUAGAUAAUUAUUUUUGUUGUAAUACUAGAACCCUCUCAUGUUAUAAAUAUGAAUAAAAGCACAACUUUUAUUUCUUCAAAUUCUCCUAUAAAUAAAAAAUACAUGCAACACAUAAUUUUUAGAAUAAUAAAUAUCACAACAACAAACACAAAAAAUUAAAAAUUAGAAAUAUUACUUUUUUUUCCACCUUCCAGUCAUAAACUCAAGACUCAGACUGUGACUCACUGGCCGCUCUGGGCUUCCGUACUUAAUAAUAAUAAUAAUAAUAGCAUUGAACUAUUGAUCGAGCUGUUCUGUUAUUAUAAAUCUUUAAAACCUGAACUUCUUCCAGUUUAAACAGUUUUCAUCCACACAUUCGGGUUAUUUAAUAAACAAUAACAACUUUGUUAUUUCGGUGUCAAAACUUUUCUCGGUGACGUCGUGAAGCCAAAUUAAUUUCACGUUUAUUCCCGUCCACUAUUUUUUAUUAAAUGUGGGAUUUAAUGUCAAAGAACAGACACUUUUUUUAAUGUAAGCCAAAAUAUGUUUUAACGAUGUUACGGCUCAUGUCCCAGAUAUUAAUAAACUAUUUGUCUGAUUUUUAAAUGAUCGCAAGUGGAGAAAAAAAAGGUUUUCUUAAUUUGUAUUUUUUUCACAACUUUUAAUUUUUGAGGGGGACUUUUUUCUUUUUUCUUUCUUUUUUUUAGCGGAUCCGUUUCUGUGGGAUUGAACGACGCUUCCAUUAAUUUCCGGCCCCAUAAAAACCCACGUUCAGUCUGUCGCCUGAAGGCCACACGGCCGUCCAUCGAGUCCGUUUCGUGCUCUUCAGAGCAAUCGAUUCAUAACGCGUGAACCGAAAAAGAUCAAAACAUGAUCCAUUUGUCGUUAAAGUCGCCCGUUAAUAACGAUCUGAUUCUUGAUUCUCAACAACAACAACAACAACAACAACGCCGGUCUCCUCUGUUCUGUCGCCAUCACGUCACCGUUUGUCUUUUUGUUUUUCAUGAUGCAACGCACACGUUAUGUACAUAGUGUAAAAUAAAAAUGGGUUUGUUUUA